AUGUGGCCGCUGUUGGUUCCAGUUUUGCUGCUCUUCAACGAGACAUCCUGGCUAAAUCCCAUCCUGGCCAGCAUCUACAAGGACCAGCCCCACGAGACGGUGCUCCUGCUCAGGCACAGCCUGCAGAGCAAUGCCUCUGGCUUGGAGAGGUUUUCCUAGCCGGUUUUGAACUUCAACGAACAAAUGAACUUGUAUGUGAGGGGCAGUUUCAACAACGAAGUGGUGGUCCUGGUCGGGCAGACCGGAAAUUCGGAUUUGGACUCUGAUUUGUGGCGGGCUCUCGACAGGAGUCUCCUGAAUAUGCGGAAGGUUCGAGUGUUACUCUGGAGGAAAUGGGAAAAGAGCCCAUCAAUUGACAUUGCCAACACGGCAGAGCGUCUGCGUUUCCUUCACGUCGCUGUAAUUACUCAGGGAAAUCGCUUAUAUCGACUUCAGCCAUAUGCCCCUCAAAGAUGGUUGGAAGUAAACCCAAAAAUAUCUCCCGUCUUCACCAAAGUUCGGAACUACUACGGCAAAUUCAUAAUAACUCUGCCUGAUCAGUUUCCGCCACGUUCCAUUGUCUAUCGCAAUCGGAAAACUGGGGAUUUAGAACUCACCGGUUACGUUUACAAAUUCCUUCUGGAAUUCACCAGGAUCUACAACUUUACUUUUCGCUGGCAAAGACCCUUAAAGCAAGGCGAGCGCUUGAACUUGAUACUGCUUCGGAAUAUGACCCUCAAUGGAACCAUCAACAUGCCCAUAAGUCUCUGCGGCUUCGAGAUGUCCAGUGAGUUUGGGACCUUCUCGGACAUAUACGAUCUGGAGAACUGGUUUAUAAUGGUUCCGCGUGCCCAGGAAAUACCCACCGCCGACGUGUAUGUGGUAAUGGUAAGCGGUAACUUCCUCAUCGUGCUGCUGAUCUUCUACUGCAUUUUCACCAUCCUGGACACCUGCUUUGGACCCCUGCUACUGCAGAAACGGGUGGAUUGGUCCAAUCUGAUACUGAACGAACGCAUGAUAUCGGGUAUAAUGGGACAGUCCUUCAACAUGUGUGCCAGACACACAAUCAGCUCGAGGGUAACCAAUGCCACGUUGUUUUUGCUUGGCUUGGUCCUGAGUACCCUGUAUGCAGCCCACCUAAAGACGCUGCUUACCAAGAGACCCACGUCCCCGCAGAUUUCGAACUUUCUGGAACUUAGGGACUCCAAAGUCACCGUCUUUUUCGAGGAGGCCGAACGUUUCUACCUAAACGACUUUGUGUGGCAGCGACCAAUACAAGUCCUAAGAGACAGGUUGACUUUCAAAGAGACCGGCGAAUAUAAUGCUCUAAGGAGUGGCCUGAAUAGAACGCAUGCCUUCUCCGUCCUAACCUCCGAAUGGAUGAUUGUGGCCAAGAGACAGGAGCUCUUCAAGCAACCCGUUUUCACCGCACAGCCUGAACUGAGUAUUGUCAGGACCAGUGUUCUCCUAACGCUGGUCAUGCAAUCGAACUCCAUUUACGAGCCCCACAUCAAUGACCUGAUCCACCGGGCCCAUAGUGCCGGAAUCGUGGAGUAUUGGAAGCAACAAACACUGCGAGAGAUGAUAACUCUGGGGAUGAUCUCGCAAAAGGAUCCCUUUCCGUAUGUGGCUUUCAGGGAGUUCAAGGUGGGCGAUCUGCUCUGGAUUUGGAUUUUAUUGGCCUGUUUUCUAUCGCUGGCUUUUCUCAUAUUUCUUUGCGAAGUUUUUUUUAAUUGCUUUGUCGGGAAAACCAAAUUAAGAGCUCUUAACCCCGCCUCUAUCCAAUGGUUUACUCGUUGA